AUGUCUAAGCCUCAGAAAAAUAGAAAGCAGCCCUUCUGGCUCGGAGGUGCCGCUGCAUCCAGUGAGCGAAUGCAAACGCGCCCUGGUAAUGCCCCAAAGGCAACCAUGUUUGGCACACUCACAUCCUCGGUCCGCAACCUCGGCGUGCGUAGCGUUUACACCGGUAUCUCGGCCGCCCUCAUGCGACAAAUGUCCUACUCAAUGGUCCGCUUUGGCUGCUACGAGCAUAUGAAAAAUGUUAUCACUGAUGGCGGAAGAAAGCGGCCGACCGCAGUUCAGCUUAUCGUUGCAGGAGGAAUAGCAGGUGGACUAGGUGGUAUUGCAGGUAACCCAGCAGACGUUUUACUUGUCCGAAUGACUACGGAUGAAGUCCGUCCGGAGAAGGAUCGGUUUAGAUAUAAACAUGCUAUUGAUGGCCUGAUUCGACUUGUCCGUGAAGAAGGCGUAUCUGCCUUGGCGCGAGGUAUGAGUGCUAAUGUCACUCGAGCCGUAUUAAUGAACUGCUCACAACUCGCAUCAUACGACUUUUUCAAAUCUUUGAUCCUGCAUUCGGCGCGCUUCGAUGUCAAGGAUGGAAUUGCCUUGCAUGCUUCUUGUAGUAUUAUGUCGGGUUUGGUUGCGACAACGAUCUGUUCACCGGCAGAUGUUAUCAAGUCUCGGGUGAUGCAAUCUUCGAAUAAUGAAUCUAUGCUCUCGGUUGUCAAAACCUCUCUGAGAAAUGAGGGCGUGCGGUUCUUGUUUAAAGGGUGGACCCCUGCUUUUGUUCGAUUGGCUCCCAAUACGGUGCUACUGUUUGUCUUCCUGGAGCAAUUGAAAAAGAUGUAUGCGCAAGUAUAA